UAUGUUCAUUUUCUGUUGCAGGCUGUUUCGUUACAAGGCAUGUUUAGCUGGAAAUCAGUCGUCAGAGGAGUGAUAAUGUUAUUGAUAACGGGCUCAGUUCACGGGAGGAGUAUUUUUUUCCCUGUGUCGUCAUGUACCGACAUAUCUCUGGCACAAGUUCCAAUAGAGGUGUACCAGAAUUGUUCAGGGAAGAAUCGCGUCUUACACUGUCUGCCUAACGACAAUGAUGACCUAGGACUCUGUUGUUUCUCAAUUACAUGGAUAGAAAAGGGACGAUGUCCUUAUUACAAUAAUUACCAAGGAAAUAUGGAUGAAAGAAAAUGUCCAGGGGAUUCAGACUGCCCAGACAAAUUGUUUAAGUCGCCGUUGUCUCUCAAUUAUAAAGGAUGUUAUAAGAAAGAACAGACAACAACCACCACCACUGUAUAUACGACAACGUCAGAGUCACAAACAACUACAGCCAAAGAGAGAGACAGCAGAACAACGAUUCCGCAAUCAUGUAACUGCUCACGAACAAUGUGCAAUGAAUCGUUGGAGUCAUCAUCAGGUCCAAAUGUGAUUGUUCUUGUAACAGUCUUCAUAUUCAUUUUAGUCGUCAUGUGUGCAGUGUUUGUGUUCGUGGUAAACCGGAAGAAGAAAGAGAAGAAUCCUAAACUGGCAACCUCUAUAAUUUCUAAUGGUGACGUGCGGAGCAAGGAAAAAUCAGAAGAAAUGGCGAUGUUGUAAUGACGCACUCUCAAUUCACCAGGAGCAACUGGAAUGGCUCGCACACCGUGGAUGUUAACAGUGUUCUGCCAUCUUGCUGAUUCAGUCAUGCGGUAUUAUUUUAAUCUUCAAGUGUUAUACAUUGGAAAUCACAUUUAAUUUGUACCACGCCCUAUACUAUGCUUUUACUUGCACAAACUUAUUGUGUAGUUAUAAUGAGGAAGGGUGCUUCUUCCAAAAUUGUGACUUUUAUGUUCCCAGGGCCAGGGGUUCUGGUAUUAGGGUGGACUCGAUUGAUUACACAUGUAUAGUGAAAAUCCAUUAAUUCUUUGAAACUCUUCUUCUCUGAUUCUGGGUUUAAUCAAUAAACAA